AUGGGGGUUCUGGAAGAGAAGCUGUUAAAAGAACUUCCUGAGGAUGCCCGACUCAUUGUGUGUCGUUUCCCGUUUCCUCGCUGGCCCCACAGCUGCACUGCAGGAUCUGGAUUAAACCAGCUUACAGACAGACGGGGUGAACGCGCGUGACGCGCCAGUGAGAACGAGGGCGGAGCGAGAGCGCGCGUGUAUAAGAGCAGAGGACUGUGAUGAUUUCGCGCAGUCAGACUCGGGCAUGGACAUACUCAGGACUAUAACACACCAUCAUCCUCAUCUUCAUCAUCGCCAGCCGGUCAGUGACAGUAAGAUGUGCGAGCACACGCACCACAGACGCGGGAAAUCACAGGAUAAUCACGCGCACGCCACGCAGGAGCUGUCAAGGAUCGUCACGGACUCUGUCACGGGCAAAUGUUACUGCAGAGGAAAAGUUUUGGGCAAGGGCGGUUUUGCCAAAUGCUACGAAUUCACAGAUCUGAGCACAGGGAAAGUGUACGCGGCCAAAAUCAUCCCCCACACGCGUGUCUCCAAACCCCACCAACGGGAGAAGAUUGACAGAGAGAUCGAACUGCACAAAUCCCUGCACCACAAGCACAUCGUUCACUUCUACCAUCAUUUCGAGGACAAAGAUAACAUCUACAUCCUGCUGGAAUACUGCGGUAGACGGUCUCUAGCGCACAUUCUGAAAGCUCGGAAGGUGCUGACGGAACCCGAGGUUCGGUACUAUCUAAGACAGAUCGUCUCCGGGUUGAAGUAUCUUCACGAGCAAGAAAUUCUGCACAGAGACCUUAAACUGGGUAACUUUUUCAUCAACGGGUCUAUGGAACUCAAGGUCGGCGACUUCGGUCUGGCCGCGAAACUCGAACCUGUCGAGAACCGCAGAAGAACGAUAUGCGGAACGCCUAACUACCUGUCGCCCGAGGUUCUGAACAAGCAAGGGCACGGCUGUGAAUCUGACGUCUGGGCCCUGGGCUGUGUCAUGUACACCAUGCUUCUGGGCCGGCCUCCGUUUGAAACCACAAACCUGAAGGAGACGUACAGGUGCAUUCGUGAAGCUCGAUACUCCAUGCCUUCAUCUCUGUCUCCACAAGCCAAGCAUCUCAUCAGCAGCAUGCUGGCCAAGAACCCUGAGAACAGGCCGCGACUAGACGACAUCGUACGGCAUGAUUUUUUCUGCCAGGGUAUCACACCAGACAGACUGUCUGCAAGCUGCUGCCAUGCCGCCCCGGACCUCCACCACACCAGCCCGGCCAAGAACUUCUUCAAGAAAGCUGCGGCCGCCCUUUUCGGUGGAAAGAAAGACAAAGCCAAAUACUUUGAGGCUCACAAUAAACCAGCCAAGGAAGAAGACGACAUAAACAGACUAUGUCUCGACCUCCAUAAAACGUCCGUAAGACCCCAACCCUGUCGACAGACCCCUGAGGACGGUAAGCCCCCCGUCCCAGCUGUCCCGGCGAAGGACAACGGCGGCAAACAGCAGAUUAGAGACGGCAUCCGCAUGAUCGUGCGAGGAACUCUGGGCAGCUGCAGUAACAGCAGCGAAUGUUUGGAGGAUAGCACAGUGGGAAGUGUUGCGGAUACGGUGGCAAGAGUUCUGCGUGGCUGUCUGGAAAACAUGCCGGAAGCGAACAGCAUUUCAAAGGAGAGCAUGAACUGCACCUUUCAGUGGGUGACCAAAUGGGUCGACUACUCCAACAAGUACGGUUUCGGGUACCAGCUGUCAGAUCACACGGUCGGCGUUCUCUUCAACAAUGGCACUCACAUGAGUCUGCUGUCUGAUAAGAAGACGGUGCAUUACUACGCAGAGCUCGGACAAUGUUCCGUCUUCUCCACUUCUGAUGCACCGGAGAGGUUCGUCGGUCAGGUCACCAUCCUGAAAUACUUCGCCCACUACAUGGAGGAAAAUCUCAUGGAUGGUGGUGAUUUACCCAACCUGACAGACACCGGAAAGCCCAGACUGUAUCUUCUUCAAUGGCUCAAAUCAGAUCGAGCGUUAAUGAUGCUUUUCAACGACGGCACAUUCCAGGUGAACUUCUACCACGAUCACACCAAGAUCAUCCUGUGCGGUCAGAGCGAGGAAUAUCUGUUGACGUACAUCAACGAGGACCGCGUGUCCACCACGCUGAGACUCAGCACCCUGCUGGUGUCCGGCUGUUCCGCAGAUCUGCGCAGCCGCAUGGACUAUGCGCUCAACAUGCUGUUGCAGAGAUGCAACUAAAGACUUUUGGGGAUCGAGAGACUGCAAAACUUUGAAAGACGAGAAUGUGAACUAGUCGGAUGAGAGUGUUGAAGUCGUGGAGGAGGUGAAAUGGAUUACAAGUUCUAAAAGUGGAUGGUAUUUUGGAGAGGUGGACCGAGAUGACCCGUACUGGGCUGGAACCAGAGAUGAUGAAACGUUUUUCGUUUAGAUGUACUUUUUUUUU